AUGACAAAUAUGGUAAUGAAUUUAAACGUAGAAAUACACUUUAUAAGGUCAAGAAGAGGGAAAAGAUUGCUAGUUUUUGAAAAGUAUCCGUAUGCUAGGAACAGUAAGUACGGUUGGACUUGCUCGUCUCGUUCCUCAAAGAAAUGCAACGCUCUCUUAAGAUUAUCAUCUAAGGGUGUUCUGACUGUAGUUAACUCGGAACAUACACACGAACCACCACUGUUUUAUAUAAAUGAACACGUCAAAGUGGUAACAGCAGUCAACGGUGCGACGCUUCUUAUGCUGGAUGGCUACGUCUUCACGAAUCCAUCUCCUAUGUCAGGAGGCGAGCGUUGGUACUGUUCCGGUAGACUCAAGUGGAACUGUUCCGUCUGCUUACACGUUAAUGAUGAUUAUGAACUCGUAUGGCAUGAUGAUGAAGCAACCACAAGCACUCCUAUCGGUUUAAGAGGUCCACGACGGAAAACUGCUCAAUACUACCGUAAUUACAGAGCACGGAAGCGAGCGGAGAUGGAAAAAGAGUUAUUGUAUAGAAUAAGUGAUCCUUCUACGAAUGAUAAUUCUUUUAAGAGGACGAGGAAAACAAACGCCGAAUACCAGAGAGAGUACCGAGCACGACUAAAAGCCAAACGUAACAAAAUGCUCAAUGAUUCGCUAGCUGUACGUCCAGCAACUUCGACAGGGGGAUUUACUACGACUCAUCAAUCAACAGUAGUAGACCAAAAAACAUCUACUGGGUUAGUACCAGUACUAACCCCAGGGUUAUGGUAG